AUGGCGACUUAUUUUGGUGAAAUUCAGGAACUUGUAUCUCGAGCUACUGACUUCGAUGAUUUGGAUGAUCAACCAACUUACAAUUUAACAGCCGAAACUUCCAAAAAUUACAGUGCUAAUUUCAAAUGCGACUCUUUAAUAUUUUGUAUUGGUGACAUAGCGAAAUGGUUUUCUAGCUGCUAUCUUAUUUCCGAUAAUGCUCAACAUAUAUUGAAUGUUAAUUAUAGCUCUGAAUCCAUUAAAGAUAAUUCAUUAUUGUAUGGAGGAAAUACUAAAACUAAUAAUAAAGCAUCUGCGGCAUCUCUGUAUUACGUAAAGCCAGAUGUUGCUGUCUGUGAAAUUCCCUUCAAUGUACCUGAAACAAUUUAUACUGAAUUGCUUCAACUUAUUCUUCAACAUGUGCAAUGUUCCAAUGCUAUUGUGUUAGCUUCAGCUCCAUCUGCAACUUUAAAAGGAGAUUCUGUGUCAAAUUCGGAUGAAUGUAAUCUUAUGUGCUUGACUACUUCUGCUUUUGAUCCACCUGAAAAUUUUAAUUUACCUAGAAUUCCGUCUCCAAAUUUUGUAAGUGGUAUUCCUGCAGCUGUUUUGACUGAAUUUGAAAUUCAAAAGAAACCGGCAAUUUGUGUUGUAAGCUACAUUGAAUCAAAUAUUAUAGACUAUGCCAGUGUUCAAAGUUUUGAAAAUGUAGCUUCGUUGGUUCCCGUCCGAAAGAUUAUGAAUAAAGAUUGUAAACAAAAGUUAUUAAACUAUAUCAACAAACAUUCUUACUCGAAUUUAUACAUUUAA